GGUGGGGGUCACAGUGCUGGCUGGUUGGAGCGGAACACACGUCCCGUUCCAAAUACAAACCGCCUCGUUACGAGUGUUCGAAAUUUAAAUUAAGACCGUUGUGAAAUGUGACAGUUAAAAAAUCAAAUAGGUUCUGUGCUAGUGCUUGCGGAGUGUGUGUGAUUUUCUUCCAAGUGGAUUUGCUGUGUGUUUUAUUUCUAAAGUGAAUAAAUGUUGUUGAAAUAUAAACGAGUUCCUUAGCGGGCGGCGCGAUGUCGGAGGGGCAGCGGAGCCUGUACAUGAUCGCGCUGCUCGUGCACACCGUCAUCGGAGCCGGCGAGGGGCCGACGCUACCGAACGCGAUCCCACCGCCCCCUACCUCCACAAAGCCGGACGACAACGGACUGACAGUCACGUUCCCUCCCCUAGACGACAUCUUCAGCAGUGGCACUCCGGAGAAGCACUUCGGGACUGACAACAACACCGUGGUGACUUCACAGAUCGGGUCCACGGCGCUCAUUCCGUGCGUCAUACACAAUAUCGGGGAUGGCAUUGUAUCCUGGAUUAGAAGAAAAGACUACCACCUCUUAACAGUUGGACUGACAACUUAUAGCUCAGACCAGAGAUUUCAAGCCAUUCACUUACAGCAUUCAGAGGACUGGACUUUGAAAGUUCGCUUUGUGCAGAAGCGGGACGCCGGCAUAUACGAAUGUCAAGUGUCGUCGCAUCCACCGACAAGUAUUUUUUUGCGUUUGGAUGUUGUUGAGGCCCGGGCUCAAAUAUCUGGGCCGACGGAGAAAUACCUCAAGCCGGGCUCAACCCUGAAGCUACAGUGCAGCGUGGUCCAGACCACUGAGGCGCCGGCUUUUGUUUUCUGGUACCACAACAGUCGCAUGAUCAACUACGACUUCGAGCGAGGCAUCAACGUGACGACAGACGCGGCUCUGCGCGUGUCUGCGCUCCUGAUACCAUCGGCGAGCGUCUCCCAUGCAGGGAAUUACACUUGUGUGCCGAACAACGCCGUGCCGGCCAGCAUACUGGUGCAUAUAUUCAACGGUGAAAACCCAGCUGCAAUGCAGUCAUCAGCGUCCACCUUCUGGAGUUUAUUGACCUGGAGGAGCUUCCUGCUGCCAGCUGUCACCACACUCGACUUGAUCCUGCGGUGACGCUCAUUCAACUAAUUGUUAAUCUAGGAUACGUAUUGUAUAGAUUUGUGUACCUAUUUGCAUUAGAUUGUCUGUUUUUGCGUGGAAAUAUUAUCAAUUUAGGCUGUGUUUGCAUUUGUUUAAUUAGUUAUGUCU